AUGGCUGAAGUAGUGGAGUUAGUAUUAGAUGAGCUACCAGAAAAGAAGGGUGACCCGGGAAGCAUCUCGAUUCCUUGUCAAUUUGGAAAUAUACUUGCUACUCAAGCAUUGACUGAUUCGGGUGCAAGUAUUAACCUAAUGCCUUUUUCUUUCCUCAAGAAGUUUAAUCUACCAGAUCCAAAGCCUAUUAAUAUGAAGAUCCAUCUAGCGGACAAGACAAUCAGUCGUCCAAGAGGUGUUUGUGAAGAUCUUCUCAUAAAAGUGGACAAAUUUGUAUUCCCCGUGGACUUUGUAGUGCUUGACAUGGAUGAAGACCCCAAAAUUCCAAUUAUUUUGGGAAGACCAUUUUUGAAUACUGCAUGGGCAUUGAUAGAUGUAUGCAAGUCCACACUGACAUUGAGGGUAGGAGAUGAAUCAGCAGUGUUUAAGGCUAUACAAGAGGUUAAGCAAGAAGAAUCAAGAGAAGAAGAAAUUUCCUCCAUUGAUUUGGAUGAUGAAAUACUAGAAAAAGAACUUGCACUCUUACAAAAAGAUGAUCCAAAUAAAUUUCUACUAUCUUCUGGAGGAAAUGGUGAUGCUGAGAAAGACUUAGAGGAGAUAGAGAAGCUGUUGAAGGGAACUAAUUCAGAAAAAUCGGUGGAAAAAGAUCCAGCAGCAGAAGGCGUAAUUGUUAAAAUGUAUUGUGAAUUCCAAAAGGCUCAAGUAGCAUACCUUGACAUGGUAAUACAAGGAGAUGAAGAAAUGCGACUUGAUAAGGAGGAAGGGGAAGUACAAAAGAAGGUGCCAAAGAGUGGGGUGAAGAAAAAGAAGGAUGGGAAACGGAACACGCAUGCAAUUGAAGAAGAUGGAACAAGGAAAAAGAAAGAAGAAUUGAGACGGGCAUAUAAUAGAAACGCCUACAAGACAAAGUAUAAACCACAAAAGAUUAGACGUGCAUUCCCGAUGCAGGAAAGUGAGGAAACGUAG